AUGAAUCUUGUAGAAGAGGUUGAACUCUCCAUUUCAUGUAAUAAUUUACCGAAUUUAGACUUGUUGAGUCUUACUGAUGCACAGGUGCAUAUCUUUUCCAGCUCUACGUCGAGUAAUCAAAACAAUUGGGUAUUUGUUGGAAAGACUGAAAUUAUUUGGGAUAAUUUAUAUCCGAAAUUUGUUACCAAAUUCUUACUCAAGUACUAUUUCGAAACUAAUCAAUAUUUGAAAUUCAUUGUUGUUGAUAUUGACAAUGAUAGUCAAAAAUUGGAAGAUCAAGAAUUAGUUGGUGAAAUGUAUUGUACAUUGGGUGAAAUUGUUGGUUCAAAGGGAGGUCGAUUGGUGAAACCUCUUCUCCUUCCAAACAAACCAAAUGCCAAUAGAGGUUUCAUUGCAAUUCGUUAUGAAAAAAUUUCUGCCUCUAAUUUGGAUUCAAAGAAUUUCUUCUUUGGUAAAUCUGAUCCAUUCUUGGUGAUUAAUAGAGUUGAUAUUGAAGCUAAUGAAUAUUCUCCAGUUUACAAAUCGGAAUAUUAUAAGAAAACUUUGGAAUGCUCAUGGAAACCUUUCCAAUUGACUACUCAAACUUUGUGUAAUGAUGAUAAAAUUAGAGGACUAAGAUUAGAAGUUUAUGAUUGGAACAAGUCAGGUAAACAUGAAUUGAUUGGUCACUUUGAUACCAAUUUGGAAGAAUUAUUGAAGGAAGGAAAGAAUAAGACCUACUUGUUAAUUAAUCCAGAAUUGAAGAAGAAAAAGAAGAAUUAUAUUGGAAGUGGUAACAUUAAGAUUGAACAUAUUGAUCUCAUCAAAAUUCCUCCAAAACCAACCUUUUUAGAUUAUAUUAGAGGUGGUCACCAAAUCAGUUUAAUGGUUGCUAUUGAUUUUACCAUUUCAAAUGUUGAGGCAUGGAAGGAAAUUUCUUUGCACUACAUGAAAGAAGGGCAUGAGAAUGAUUACCAACGUGCCAUUAGAACAGUUGGUGAUAUUUUGAAUUAUUAUGACAGUGACAAAAAGUACCCAGUUUAUGGAUUUGGAGGUAAACUUCCUAACAACAAAACAUCUUACUGUUUUGCAGCUAAUUUAGAUGAAAAUAAUCCAGAAGUUUAUGGAGUUAAUGGUAUCUUGGAAGCUUACAAACAUGCCAUCGAGAAUGUUCAAUUGUCAGCUCCUACAAACUUUAAACAAAUUAUUCGUAAGGCAGCUGAUUUAUCAGAAGAGAGCAAGCUGACUAAUUAUUACAUCCUACUCAUUUUGACAGAUGGUGGUAUUACAGAUCUACAAGAAACCAUUGAUGAAAUUGUUCGUGCCACCAACUUGCCACUCUCCAUCAUUAUAGUUGGUAUUGGUAAGGAUAGCUUUGGUAAUAUGGACAUUUUAGAUGCUGAUGAGAAACCAUUAGUCUCAUCUAAGGGAGUCAAAAUGGUUCGUGACAUUGUUCAAUUCGUUCCAUUUAGGGACUUUAAGAAUGCUGAUCCUUCUGUCCUUGCAAAGGAGGUUCUUCAGGAAGUGCCAUUGCAAUUCCUUUCCUACAUGGCUACCAAUAACAUUAUGCCUCAACCUCCAAUCAAAGCAGAGUCAUUCUAUGGAAGUGUUAACAGUAACAGCAAUAAUAGCUUAAUACCCACCCCAACUACAAAUCAAUAA